GAGCACCAGAGUCAAAACUUCCACCAAUUGUCUAUGUUAGUGGUAUGGGUCUCAGCAUGUACUUUGUUAAACCACUGCUUUUGAAAUUCGUCGAAUAUAUGGACGAGCCUGUUGAAAUAAUUUCAUUUGAUCCUCCUGGAUAUGGUGCUUCUGAACCUCCUAACGAUUGGGAUACAGAAAAUGCAGAGAGUCAACGCUUACUUUUACGACAAGUAAUUGCUAAGUCGACACUUCGAAAACCAUUUAUUCUUUUGGGUGCAUCAGCUGGAGGUUUAUUGGCGCAUCUCUAUUGUUUGACAUAUCCAGAAGAUGUUGCGGGUAUUAUUUUGACUGAUCCAACACCGUCCACCAUAUUUGAACAAGGAAGUCCGAUCGGAAAGGUUUUGAAUCGUGCAUGUAUCCAAUGUGGAAUAAUGGCUCGUGUCGCUUCCUGGGGCUUCCUGAGACCACUUUCAUUCUUGUUACAUCAUUUCUCAACUGGUGAUGUCGGUGAUAUUUUUCGUUGUUCACAUCCAGGUUACACUGCUCUUUUAAUGACACACACCAUGUUACAGAAACUUGCAAGUCAACUGCGCUACUUGCAUACCAUCCCGGAUUGUAUAUCAAAGCAGCUGCACGAUGAUGCUACAAGUCAUAGAAAUAUACCUUUGCUAGUUUUAAGUGCAUUAAAUUGGACCAAAAAACGACCUUAUGGUGGUUUCACUAGAGAAGAAAUGAGUCAAUGGUGGAGUGAAAGUCACCAAUUCUUUGUUCGUAAUUCUGAUAAUGCUGGUUUUAUUCCUCGUACAGAUUAUACUCAUAUGCAGUGUAUAGUGGACAUGGAACUAGUAGCUAACGCCACAAAAGCUGUCUUGACACAAAUUCAUAGCGAGAUUGUUCAUUAA